AUGGUACUCUUCAUGCUUGUCAUUCUACCUUUCCUUCUCCUCCUCCUCUACUUCAUUGCCCGGCCUCGUCCAGUCAAAGUACCUAUCAAGGACCGCCAUGUGUUCAUAACAGGCGGGUCGAGUGGCAUUGGCCUAGCCAUUGCCAAACGAGCUGCCUCUGAAGGAGCUCGUGUCUCCAUCAUGGCCCGUAACCUUGAAAAGCUUGAGGAGGCCAGGCAAUCUAUCCGCCUUGCCUCUGGAGCGCUUGACGUAUCGAUCUUCUCUGCUGAUGCUCGUGACAGCAAUGCCGUUCAGCGUGCAGUCAAUGAUGCUGGCCCCAUUGAUGUUCUAGUCGUUAACCAUGGCGUGUAUGAGCAUGACAAGCUGGAGAAGCAGGGACUGGAUGUGGUCAACUACAUACUAGAUGUGAAUCUGAUUGGGAGUUUUAAUGUCAUCAAAGCUGCUUUGCCGCUGAUGAAGGAUAGGAAGGAUAGGGGGCCUGCCUCCAUCGCUCUUAUGGCGUCACAGGCCGCCCAGGUAGGUAUUUAUGGUUACACGGCUUAUUCAGCGAGUAAUUUUGGUCUCCGAGGAUUGGCCGAAGCAUUGCAACAGAAGGUCAUCGAGGAUAAUAUUCAUGUCUCUUUAAUGUUCUCUCCAGACACUGAAACUCCUAAUCUUAAAAAAGCAAAGAGCACAAUGCCAGAACUCACCAAAAUCAUAAUUGGCUCUCCUGUUCCAAUGAAAGCUGAUGAAGUUGCCAAGAAAACUUUAGACGGUAUCAAAUCUGGAAGUUUUAUCAUCCCCUGCAACUUAAUUGGGUACCCACUAGCCUUCGCUACUCCCGGUGUAUCCCCUCAGAGAUCUUUCUUGAUGGCAUUCCUUGAGGUGGCUCUUGCUGGUAUAUCACGUCUUGUAGUUUUGUUUUACCUGUGGAACUGGUACAGGACCAUAAGAAAGUGGCAUGCACAGACAAAAAGUAAGUACGCUAUACGUUAUAAAGACAUUUUUUAUGCGUGGGUAUUGAUAUGGCUGGUGUGCCUUUUACAUUUUUGUCAAGAUUCCAGUAAUGAUACUUAG